AUGUUCACUUAUUACUAUUACUGUCUUACGACUACCACUUACGACCAACAUUUAGGAUCUGAACUUACGACCACCACUUACGACCACUACUUGCGACCACCACUUACGACCAUCACUUACGACCACUACUUACGACCACCCCUUACGACCACUACUUGCGACCACCACUUACGACCACUACUUACGACCACCACUUACGACCACUACUUACGACCACCACUUACGACCAUAACUUGUGACCACAACUUGCGACCACUACUUACGACCACUACUUACAUCCAGCACUUACGACCACCACAUGCGACCACUACUUACGACCACAACUUACGACCACAAAUUACGACCAUAUUUACAAAAACCACUUACGACCAUAACUUACGACCACAACAUACGACCACAACUUACGACCAUGCUUACAAAACCACUUACGACCACAACUUACGACCACAACUUACGACCACCAAUUACGACCAUUACUUACGACCACCACUUAGCAAGCCAAACCAGUCGGCCAUUUUUUAUUGUUUCGCCAUGACAACAGUCUCGGCGUUCAGCAGCGAACUUGUGAAUUCACUUCAUUGCCUCUUUAAUCUAUCUAUCUAUCUAAUUCUGUUCAUAUCUAUCUAUCUAUCUAUCUAUCUAUCUAUCUAUCUAUCUAUCUAUCUAUCUAUCUAA